CUUGGAUGAUUCAUUCAUGCUUUUGAUGUAAUUUUAGGCUUUCUACCCACCUUUGGCCCCAGCUUUGUGAAUUUUUAUGGAUCCCCCCAUGAAUAUUCUGAUUUACCUGAUGAAUAUGAUGAUCUUAAUCUGGGAAAGGGAGAAGGUGUGGCUUACAGAGGGAGAGCGUUAGUUGAGAUUCAGACUCUCCUGGGAGAGCUACCUGAGAUACCCGUGGAAGAUAUUAACAAUGAUGACCUCCUUAGGGUCCAGAAAUUCAUGCGGCGUAGGAGCUAUAAACUCCAUGCUGCCUUCCUCAAUGCUACCAUGGUCAGUGCUAUUGAUGCUCCUGUGGAGUUUGAAAUCAGCAUUGGUAACUAUGGAAACAAAGUGGAUGAAAACACAGCUCAGUGUGCUUCCACAACUCAGCCGACAAACGCGGUGUUUGACGGCUGUCAUUACUACUUCCUGCCUUGGGCUGGGACCAAACCGUGUAUUGUCGUGGAAUCAUCCUGGGAGGAUAUCAGCUUCAGGCUGGAGGGGCUCAACCUAAUGCUCAGAAUUAUAGACACUCUGGAGGCAAACAUAGAGCAGGUGAAGAUUGGGAUCAAAGCCAAGCUCCCCACGCCAGAGUUGGCACAUCUUCUGAUCUCGCUGCUCGACCAACUGGAACAGGACUGCAAGAAACCUCUACCUGAGCCGAAGCCCGGUAAACAUAUCAGUAAUGAGUUGGACAGGCUCACCCGAGAAUACCGACAGUUUGAGCUAGAGAACAUAGGAAACAGUGUGGACAAGCUGAAACAGUCCGCUACAGAUGUCCACGAAGCCGUAGCAGAGGUGGAGAACUUCCUACAAAUACUCCGAAACAUGGCCAGAGAGCCUCAGAACAGUAUGCCGGAUGUGGUUGUGUGGAUGAUCAGUGGAAACAAGAGAUUAGCUUACUACAGAAUCCCUGCUCACGAAGUCUUGUGGUCAGCUAAUCCCGAGUAUAUCGGCAAACAGUGUGGACGACUGCAGACCAUCCAGCUCAAAUAUCCCGGCGUGAAGGCAGAGAAGGAGAAGAUAAGUGAGGUUCCGGCGAUGGUGCAUGUGAAGAUCUGGCUGGGUCUUGCUAACGAGGACGACGCCUGGCAUCACAUGCAGACAGAAGGGAAACAGGCCGUCUUUGCUGAAACUUAUGAGAAUGAGUGUAACUCGCCAGAGGUGGGAUGGACAAAGAAAGGACCUCUUGGACGACCAAACUGGUCAGACAGUCAGGGAAAGUGUAAGCUCCCCCGAGAGAUGUUCUGUCCUCCCCAGGGGUGGAAGUGGGAGGGGGAUUGGUAUGUCAGUCCUGAGCUCAGUAUGCUGUUUGACAAGGACGCGGGUCACAAGACUUACAUGGAGGAAUGUUACGAGAUGCAGUCUCGGCUACCAGCUACAAGUUGGGAACCAGCUGCCAUGCCGUGGACUGAUGUGAAAGGUGAUGAGAUGCCCCCUAAGGACUCGGUGUUAUUAACCCCGGGGUGGGUCUGGGAGGAUGUGUGGCAGAUUGACCUGUCCCGCGCGGUGGACGAAGACGGAUGGGAGUACCGUGUAGAGGCCACCAAGGGGGGAUACGGUCCAGUGGAGAAGCAAUACCAUCUCUGUCGCCGGCGGCGGUGGGUGAGGACCAGAAAACUGGUGGAGGAGGCCAAACAAAAGAAACACAAGGAGAAGAAGAUGGAGGAAGCCGCAGAAGGCUGGGAGUACGCUCCCUUGUUUAAUUCUAAGUUCCACCACACUGAACACACCAUGGACAUGGUUCGGCGACGACUCUGGCAUAGGAAGAUGGUCUGCGAGAAGAAGGGGGCCAGCUGCUUAUUUGCUAUGAAUUUUGAG